CCUGCAACUGCAACAAUCACACAUCUUCUUGUGUAUUUGAUGCUUCACUGUAUGAUUCUACUGGAAGUGGCGGUCGAUGUAUUAACUGUACUCAUAACACAGCUGGUCCUCACUGCAGUGAGUGUGCUCCUGGGUAUUACCCACAGGCUAAUGUCUCGGUAUCUUCUGUGAACUAUUGCAAGUCUUGUGAUUGUAAUACAGCUGGUACAGCUAAUGCUAGUAUCAAUUGUACAGCUGCUGUUGGUCAGUGUUCAUGCAAAUCAAAUGUUCAAGGUCCUGAUUGCAGUAUGUGUGUUAAUGGAACUUAUAAUCUAUCAUCAGCUAAUCCUGAUGGUUGCCAAG